CUCGGGUGUCACGUCGCCACAUCAAUUGUCUGUCACCUGGGCACCGCCAUGCGACUUGCAUAAGGGUGGCUGGCAAAUGCAGAGCAGCGCCGAUGAGAAGAGGGAAUUCUAUCGUGGACAGCGGGGAAAGGGAACCGCAUCGCAGGAGGACAAUAGAUCGUAUGAGCUAAACGAUUUCCAAUCACAGAAUCAAAGCAGCGACGCCGAGAGCAGCCACCACGAGCCACCACACUUUAUCGUUCAGUGUCCUCCUCGUGCUCGUCCUCCUUCACAACUGUAUGAAGAUGGCGGCACUGGCGAUGUUGACGAUGAGGAGGACUACUCAAUAUCCGUAUCGGCAAUAAUGCAGCGACGUGCCAGUGUGCGCGGCUAUCGAGGAAAACGUGGCAGUCGCAAUUCGCGACGAGCAUCUAGUCCCAUGGAUCACGUGCUGGAUAGUGUGGAGCGGCGACGCUCCAGUGUCUAUACGACAAGUUCAGAGGAGGGCACCAAUCAGGAGUCCACGCAAGAGCAAAUCUUUGAGAACAUACGCCUACACAAGGAGGUUAUACAGUCGGUGAAAUUACAGCCAUGGCCCAUCCGCAAGAAGCUCAAGCUGGUGCGGCAGGCCAAAACAUAUGUGGCACGCCACGAGGGCGCGCUUCAGGAGCGUUUCGCCAUGUCACGCAGCACCCGAGACUUGUGGGCGAGGUUUAAAAUUUUAAUGGCGGCACGCUGGCGACACUGGAAGCGGGAGACCACCAGCUUCCUUACCGUUCUCAUACCCUGGGAGCUGCGCAUUAAGGAAAUCGAAUCGCAUUUCGGCUCUGGCGUCGCCUCCUAUUUUACAUUUCUGCGCUGGCUGAUGUGGGUCAAUAUUAUGAUAGCCAUACCGCUGGUGGCAUUUGUUAUUGGACCUGAGUACUUUGCCACAAAACACGGCGAAACGGAUCCCCGAAAACGCAUGACAGACGCUGAACAAAAUGUCGCUGGCAAUCUCUUUACAUUCUGGGAAUUUGAGGGUUUCCUCAAGUAUUCACCUAUGUUUUAUGGCUACUACUCAAGCACUUCCGGCAUUAGCGUUUCCGGCUACAAGCUGCCCUUAGCCUAUUUCCUCACCGCCGUCAUGGUGUACAUCUACAGCUUUGUGGCCACGCUGAGAAAAAUGGCUGAGAACUCGCGCAACUCGAAACUUUCCUCGAAGGAUGAUGAGUGCGUCUUCUCGUGGAAGCUCUUCACCGGCUGGGACUUUAUGAUUGGACACGCGGAGACGGCGCAUAAUCGCAUUGCAUCCGUGGUUGUGGGCUUCAAGGAGGCACUGCUGGAGGAGGCCGAAAAGAAGAAGGAUAAUCGCAACUGGCGCGUAAUCCUGCAAAGAAUUCUGGUCAACAUAUUGGUAUUGGUAUUGCUGGGUCUCUCGGGUGCCACGGUGGUGCUGCUGGUUAAUCACUCUGAGGAUUUGGCCAAACAUGACAAUUGGCUGAGUCGGAAUGCCGUGAACGUGACCAUGACGCUGCUCUCCUUCUUUUUGCCCAUGAUAUUUGAGGCUUUGGGUUUGUUUGAGAACUGGCACCCAAGGCAGCAGCUGAGAUUGCAGCUGGCAAGAAUUAUGAUUCUCAACAUGCUGAAUCUGUACUCGCUGAUGUUCUCCUUCAUCUACAAGAUCAACAGCAAGGAGAAGCCGCUGCAGCUGCUCAAACUGGAGAAUGAAACCAACACCAUGGAGCUGCAGCAUCUGCUAAGCUCCAUUGAGGCGCUGCGUGCCAUGACGCCCACAACGUCCCUCUACAGCGACAGCACAUCGGAGGGACUGUUUGACGAAUCAUCCACCUCGACCGCGGCCUGGGGCGAGGAUGGUGGCAGCAGCACCACCGAUGGGCUCUACUCCACCACAGCUGCUGCUGCUGCGGCGCUGCUAGCCACUGGAGUGCAGCGUAUCAAGUGCUAUAAUAUGACUUUUAAAUGCUCAAAACCCAUACGAACCAUCAUCAGUGCAAAGAACUUGGCCACCACAUUGAUGCUGCUUAAUCUGACGACACCAACAGUGGUGCCAUCCACCAGAUUGCCUACGACUUUGGCUACUACUCUGCCCACUACUUUGCCAACGACUCUGCCUACGACUCUGCCUACUACCUUGCCCACUACUCUGCCCACAAUUCGCACCACGGAGCCAACUACAACUACUACUACUUCCCCUUGGACAACGGUUACCACUGCAGCUACCACUUUAAGCACAGAGCCAAGCACAGCGACAUCUUGGACCAGCACUGUGCCGCCUACUACAAGCACCACUGAAGCACCUACCACAACGCAAGCGCCCACGACUGUCAGCACAAAGGCAGCGACUGUCAGCACAAAGGCAACGACAACCACAACCAAAGUUCCAACAACUUUACGGCCAAAUACAACAACUUCUACCACCACCACCUUAGCACCACCCAAAAAAGAAGACGAAGAGGACGAGCCACUCUACUACACCACCGACAAGGACGACGAAGAUGUCUACGACUACGGCAGCGAUGAGCCGCUGGCCUCAGCCUCCACAGUGGCGCCAGACACUGAGAACUUCUCCAGCUACACAGAUUACUCGGAAGAGCCGCCGUCCGUUUCAGCAGAUGACUACGAGGACACGGCGCAAGGGGAUACCACACAACAGUCGGAUGAUCCGCUGGCUCAGAUCUUGGAACAAUUCGAUGAGGCAGAGGAAAAGUCACCAAAAAGUCGCACGAAAAGAGCUGUGGGCGAGCCACCUGUGUGGCGUACGAGCAAGUACAGUAGAAGACAUCGAAAUGAGUCAAAUGGAUACACGGGCAGACAGGCAGCAUCCACCACAGAGUCUGGGAAUACGCCGCAAAAUCGUUUUCCCGUCUACAGACCACCGCCCUAUAGACCGGCGAGGACAAGCACCACGGCGAGCAGCAAACCCACCAAGCGGAUACUCACCGAAGCGGAGUGGAACAAUCUCAUAAAUCAGUUGAGAAACAGAAAAAGAACCACCACCAGGGCCACACCCACAACCACAACGAGAAGAACACGCGGCUGGUACAGAACCACAACCGUGGAGAGCAGCUCCAGUACCAGCGAGGAUUACACAUCCACCACAGAGUUUGGCACGGAAUCGAGCAGCCCAGAGAGCAGCACCAGCAGCAGUAGCUCCACCACCACAGAGGAUGAUUAUUCCUACACAGAUCGUUAUGGCAAGACCCCGUACUACAUAGGAUACGGGAAUGUGGCGGAGAUUGGCAGCACCGUCUACUACGACGAGGAUAGCGAGUACCUCGAGCUCUGUGUGAUUACAGUAUGUCCCAAGGGACCAGAGGAUGACAUAUUCGGUGUUGGCACCACCACCGAUGGGUUGGAGAGCACCACCCAAAGCAGCGACAGCAAACAUCUCUCCACAGUGAAGCUAACGCCGCUGGAGCGUAAGAUGAAGCGACUGCGGGAGGUGCAGCUGGCGAUUAAGCAAAUCCAAACAAACUUGACGACCAUGUGCUGGGAGACUUCCCUCGGCCAGGAGCUAUCAAAGGUCAUCGUUUUCGAUGGGCUAAUGUCCAUUGUGGCGCCGCUCUGCAUAGACUUUCUGCGUGCACUGUUUGUGCGUUACGUCAAUCAAAACUGGUGCUGGGACAUGGAGAAGACCUUUCCACAGUAUGGCGACUUCAAGAUAGCCGAGAACAUCCUGACAUUGAUUAAUAACCAGGGCCAAGUGUGGAUGGGCAUAUUCUUCUCGCCGGGCCUGGUGCUCAUCAACCUGGUCAAGCUGAUGAUUAUGAUGUACUUUCGCUCCUGGAUCGUGCUCACCUGCAAUGUGCCGCACGAGGUGGUGUUCAAAGCCUCCAAGUCAAACAAUUUCUAUCUAUCGCUGCUGCUGACAAUGCUCUUCCUUUGCGUGCUGCCCGUGGGCUAUGCCAUUGUCUGGCUGCGACCCUCCUGGCACUGCGGACCCUUCUCGGAGUACAAUCGGAUUGCAGAGUUUAUUACAAACACCACACGGAAUGCGCUGCCCAAACAACUCCACGAGCCGCUGGACUAUCUGACCUCAUCGAGCACUGUGAUUCCGCUGCUGCUGCUGCUCAUUCUCAUCAUCUACUAUCUGGUGUCGCUGACGGGUGCGUUGCGCGAGGCCAACCAGGAUCUGCGUACGCAGCUGCAGAAGGAGCGCGAGGAGGAGCGCAAGAAGAUCUUCAAGGUGCCGGAGGUGAAGCAGGCGGAACCCACUGCCACAACGUUGACAAAUCGCUGGCGCAAGGUUCUCGAAGCAUCCUCGCCAGUCACGCCCACACAGCAGCCAGAUUUCGAUACGGAGGAGUACAAGAAUCAGGCGAGGAAAGAGCUCAUCUCACGCAUCAUGAAAAAGGCGCUGCGCAAAGGCUCCGCCACCUCGGACGAGGACUCGUUUGUGCGACGCGACGAUGACGAUACGGACACUGAGCACCAGGACUCGCUGCCCCACGAUGAGGAGGCCAAGGACAAGCGAUUCGGCCUGUCGCGACUGCAGCAGAUUCGUCGCACCAGGAAGCCCUCGCUGGUGGACAUUGUGCAGAUUGCCAAGCAGGAACGGGCCCGUGCCAGCUCCAUUGUGGCUGCCAAUGGAGGGGGAAUCGGAGCGCCCAGCAGCUCUGGGGCGGCGGGUGGCAACUUUCCUGCGAAGGAGCAGCAUCCCAAGAGCCGUUUCAAAGUGGAGAAACACGAGCGUCGGGAUAGGGGCAGCAGCAUGAAGGAGAAGGAGAAGGAGAAGGAGAAAAAGGAGCCCAGGCACAAGCAACAGCAGGCGCAGCAGCAGGCACAGCCUCCGCCCUAUGAGUCGCCCAAGGACAAUGAACAUGAUCCGGAUACAAAUUCAAGGAUUGUCAGCGAACGUCGCGCCAGUUUGCUGCGUCGCCACAAGCAGCAGCAGGGGCAGGGGGAGGAAGGGCAGCAGGACGAGACACCAGAGCCGCAGACACCCACGACAGAGCCAGAGCUCCAGAGAGUUGAACAGACGGAGGGGGAGGAGCAGUGCACACCCGUAACGCCUCCGCUGGCCAAGAGCAAAUUUCACAUCGUUGACGAGAAGAAGCCGCCGCAGGAGCUCGAAGAUAAACCCUUGCCAUCGCCCAAGGAGAGUGGCGGGGGAGGCGGAAUGGGCAGCGGCCUCGAGGCUAUUGGCCUGGGAAAGUUCAAGUUUCGCAAGCACAAAAUCAAGUCAAAUAAUGCGGUUGCUGCCCGGCCAGAGCCCGAAGUGUUCAAGUUCGAUGAGCGGAGUGUGGAGCGGAGCAAGGGAGGGACGAGUGGACCUCCGGAUGCGCCCGCCUCGGAGCACCUCAACAGCGAGCUAUCAGCUGGCGGUGAGGAGCCCCCGAACCUGCCCUCACCCACGCCCAGUCAGGGCCACCAUCAGCGGCAGUUGUCGGUGCUGUCGCGACAGGGACGCAAGAAGAUUGGCUCGCUGCUCGCACUGGUGCGCGAGGCAGUCAACCUCAAGAAGGAGGAUGUGGAGCAGGGCUCCGAUGAGUCUCCCGGUCCCACCACGCCCACAUAUUUGGCCUACACACCGCCCCCACCGCCGUCAGUAUUGUCGAGCAACUCCAGCGCCACGGCCCUCGAGAUGCCACCCACACCGGAACCGGAAUCCCCCACGCCCAGUGCACCGCUGCAUUUUGGCAGCAGCAGCUCCUCAGCGCCGGGUCGUCCACAUUCGCGGCCGCCCAAGCCGCCAGCGGGUGCGUCUGCCCCGACAGCCACCAUGGAUGACUUGGAGGAACUGGAUAUGCCCGGUCCCAUCACAUUCCCCAACCGCAGCGCCUCCCAGCGACGACGCACCAUGCGGCAGGACUCGCAGAGCUCCGUUUGGUCGGACAACAUCCCCACAAUCACCAUCAGCACCACCGGCAGCGAUGAGUGCAUUGUGGAGGCGCCAGUGCCGCCACAGAAUGGUCUGCCAGGGCCCACUGUCAACAUUAUCAAGAUCAACAUUGAGGAUGAAGAGGAGCAGCAUAAAUAAAGGGAUUUUUCCUUGUCCUACAAGUGCCUUGAACGCCAGAUUGUCUUCUAAAACGAAGGAAUUAGUCUUCUUCCCACACUGACUCUCUCUCUCUCUCUCUCUCUCUGUCUCUUUCUAUCCACUCACAAUUUAGCUUGAA